AUGAAGUGGGGGGUGUCGGUUGACAACGCCCUGAAGGUUGCCACAGACACAGGUCUGGCCAGGUUCCAGCUUCCGGAGCGGGAGGCCGAUCGCCCUUCUGCUUUCCAUUGGCCGCGUCUGACAGUGGCCAGCGAUAUGGGGAGCGAUGGUCUGUGCUGUCUGAGUUGGCUCCGCUCUCAACAGGUGAACAUUUUCGAGGCGCCUGAUGUGAACCAUGGCAACUGGAACGAUAUCCGUUUGGCCUUGCAGCAAACGGGCCUUUGGCCGUUCUUCCUGAUGCAGAUCACGGCCUUCAACUCUUUCCACGGGCCUUGGGAUGAGAGCCGUUUUUGGCAUGAAGUGCGCGAGGCCGUCUCUGAGUAUUGCAGCGUGUCUGCGACCGCAGAAGGCUGCCCCAUUUUCAAUUACUACUUGGAGGCGAUCCUGCGCGAUAUGGGCUGCCCCGAGAGGUACAAAGAGAAGGGCAUUGCAGAGGAGAUCUUCGGCGAUCUUGCCGACAGCGCAUGCUUCCGGCGCAAGGGCGCUAAAUGUAGUCUGAAUCGUUUUAUGGGCGGUUUGUACAAGUUUCGGUACGAGGAGAAGGCAGAUUGGCACAAGAAGCUGAUUGGUUGUCUGUACUGGGGCAUCACCAGUGGGAAGUUCAAGAAGUCGAAGUUCGCGCAAACCUUCAAAGCCCCGCUCGUGGCGAACGCGGACGUGGAGGAUGAUGGCGACCAGCCCGUCCAGGCAGGCGAGGUCACCUUGAAGCAGUUGUGGCAAGUUUGCGAGAACUCCUUGCACGUGGCUACCGUUAUCUACGGAGACGAGGAGAACUUGAUGAAGUCCCGGCUGAUUGACUUCGUCUGCUCGUCGGCCAUGGGGUGGCAUUCCGAACAGAACAAGACGUUGAGAUCUUGCGAGAGUAAUCUGUCGUGGUUGCAGGGUCAAUGCCACGAUGCUUUCGUGCCCUCUGUGCGGGAUGCCUUCGGCGUAUUCUUUGACCCCAAAGCUAUGGAUGAUAUGAUUCUAAAUCCGGCGUACGUCAAGGAGAACAUCGGCGGGCUCGACGUGAACCAUCCUUUGUUCGCCAUGCACAACGACCAUGCGGAGCUGGCCGUGCGACUGGCGUUCAACCUGGCCGGAUGCCGGCUGCGGAGGUGCAUGUGGUUCUUGCGGGGAUGGCCAGCGAGAGGUUGUUUAUUCGGGACCAAGGUGCCACUCCAUGUGGCAGAGGCUACCCGCGAUCGUCUGAAAGCUGAUUGGGAGAAUUUCAAGGCUCUGAAGGCUGUGAAGCCAGGCAACCCGUGCGUGAAACACAGCGUCUUCACCGAGGCGUCGUCCCUGCAGCUCGUGCGAAUCAUGGAAGAGGAGACGUGGCAACUUACCGAUCGCGUGAGAGCCUGGGCUGACAAGGCUUAUUCGGGCAUCGUUUCUACCCAGAUCACAGAGGACGCUUUCAACAGGCAGCGCCGCGGCGAGAAGAAGGGAUCGAACCGACUGGUGUCCCGUAUCCGCCGCCACAGCGUCCUGGUGCAACGCAAGGUUAUCCAAAGCGUGCACAAGUACAAGCCAGUGAAGUACCACAACGUUGUCCCACCUAAAAACCGCAAGCUGCCCGACGAGGCCUUCCACAGCAACGCCAAGGAUGCCACUUUGAACAUGUUGGCGAUUCCUGGUCACGCCAGCUCGGCGUCGUGGUAUUCACCAUCAGCUCAGAAUUUUCCCCAGCGUUACGUCGAGCUGGAGAUGGUGGACCAGCUGUGCGGCGAAAACAAACAAUGGCAUCGCUUGGAUUCUACCUGGUGGUCUUACUUACUUGAUGGGCCCACGAUUUUGGUGAGGAAGACAGGGUCUGCGCAGUGGUAUUUCUCACUUGGCAUGUUCGCUUCCGGCGAUGGGGCCCUUGGUUGGCCGGCCAAGUGCGUUGACGAAGAGAUACGGCGCAUCGUUCCAGACGCUGGCCCUGGUAGGUUCUUCGUCCCCGACCUCGAGUGCGACGGCAACCACAUGCAUUGGCUCUUCAUGACCGCGGAUGACGGAUUCGAGGGAAUGGUGUUCAGCGUCCGGUCCCCUUUGUGGCACUUGCGCUCCAAGGGCGACGGCGACUCCUUCAAGGAUAUCCCCCCCAGGCUGCUCGUGCAAGCGUCUGACGGCGACGGCGCGCAGCCGCUGCUGCGGCUCGCGGCCUUGCAGGCUUUCUACAAGAUCCCAAAGCACAUAUUGGUCAAGAUCUGCGAGAUCAAGGGCCUGGGUGUGAGCGCCGAGAGCUCACUCUUCGAUGUCCUCUUUCGCCUGGUACAACAUUGUACGGGGCUGGAGGACAAUCACACGCUGGAGAUCUUGCUCAAACGCAUGAAGGUCAAGGACGACGACUUGACCUCUCUGUUCGGCAUGGACGGCCUCGAGGACAUCGUUGCAAAGGAGGACAAGGCCGAACUCAAGAAGGUCAAGGGCAAGAUCGAGAAGGACGACGAGGUCAGGAAGUCCUUCCUGCGCGAGUGGAAACAAAAACAUGAGAAGGUCAAGGCCCCUGGAGGGGCUGGCGCGGGCAAGGGGGCAGGUCGCGGCAAGGGUAAGGGCGGCAUUUUGCCGCCGAUGCCCGGACUCCCCAAGGACGUUAAGUUUGUCGAGUCCGAGUUGACUCGCGAUUACGUCCAGGCCAGGCUGCCGCCAGCAGCAUACGUUUGGAGGUCGAAGGGCGGCAGCUGGCAGGUGCACCUGGCACCGCACUCUCGGAUAUCUCGCUCUUGGAACAAGUGGGGCGAGGUAGGCGCGUGCCGGGAGGUUCUGCAGGGGGUCUGGCGCCAGUACUUGGGGGCGAAAGGCCUUCCCGACGACGCCUGCCCCAUAAAGGGGAUUUUUUCAUAA